CAGAGAAGGGGGGCCAGUCUGAGUGACAGAGAGACAGAGAGCUUAGUGAAAGAAAAAGACUUACUCCCAGCAAGCCAGCAAGCCAGCAAGACAGACAGACAGACAGACUGAGAGAGCAAGGCAUAGAGAGAAAGGAGAGCAUGAAAGUAGGGGUCAGUUCUACCAGCUGCCCCAGGAACACAAGCGCGUGCGUUAUUGAGUAGGAAGGAUCUACAGAGAGUGUGUGUGUGUAGGAGCGACUUACGGCGUGUGUGUUGGUCGGGAGACGAGCAGAAGCGUAUGCCUGGAGGAGGGCUUGCAUAGGACAGAGAAAAUGUGAGGAGGUUUUGUUGGGAAUACUUCAGCUUUUGGAAUACCAGCCCUCGGGAAUAUCCUUCUCCUGGUGGACAUGUCAUCUUGUCCUGGACUCCGGUUGUUUUAGAAAAACCCUCUCUGUCUCCGGUCUCCUGGUUUGGGGGCCCUGAAGUCACUGGCUGAUUCCGUGUGAAGGACUGCCAAGUCACAAUGCCUACAGACGACUUUAACUUUCUUCCGGAUGUCCUCCCGCCUCUGCCGGAGAUUCCGGACUCUGUGUCGGUCCUGAGCACCGCUGACACUCCGGGACGACUCCGCCACCCGCACGUCCGCCACGCCCCCCUGCGCUACUGCUCCGCCCACAGCAUGGACUCCGCCCCUGACAGCGCCGCCGAGCGGCCAAUCAGCUACGGCUCCACCUCCUCCUCCGCCUCCUCCAGGGACAGCCACUGCUCAUUGGGCAGCCGCUCCGCCCUCAGCCCCGCGCCACACUGUCUCCCUGCAACCGAGCGGGAUUCUGGGGCGAUCCAGUUGGAGUUGAUACCAACCCGCCAGCUUGAAUGUGGGGAUGAGGAAGAGAGGAGGGAGGGAGGAAUGGAGACUGGUAGAGGGCAGGGCCGGCCGGGAGGUGGUCUGACCCCGACGGCCCAGUCGAACCCGGGGGUGAACACAGAGGGAGGGGAGAGCAGCGGUUCUGGGUCGGGGCCCGCGGUGCGAUAUGUAGACCGCGUGGUUCAGGAGAUUCUGGACACGGAGAGAACCUAUGUCCAGGACCUGCGUAGUAUCGUACAGGACUACCUAGAGUGCAUCAGUAAUCAGUCUCGCCUGGGCCUCAGUGCCGAAGAUAAAGUCUCGCUAUUCGGAAACAUCCAGGAAAUCUACCAUUUCAACAGGGACCUGCUUUAUGACUUGGAGAAGUGUAAUGCAGACCCUGUGGCCAUCGCAGAGUGCUUCGUAGCCAAGAGUGAAGAAUUCCACAUCUACACCCAGUACUGCACCAACUACCCCAGGUCGGUAGCUGUGUUGACAGAGUGUAUGAGGAACAAGGCGUUGGCCAAGUUUUUCCGGGAGCGUCAGGAAUCUCUGAGACACUCCUUGCCCCUGGGCUCCUACCUGCUCAAACCAGUGCAGAGGAUCCUCAAGUACCAUCUUCUGCUGCAUGAGAUAGCGAGCCACAUGGAGAAGGACACAGAGAGAUACACUGUGGUGCUGGAGGCCAUCGACACCAUGCAGAGAGUAGCCUGGCAUAUCAACGACAUGAAGAGGAAGCACGAGCACGCUGUCAGACUGCAGGAAAUCCAAAGUCUGCUAACCAACUGGAAGGGGCCUGAUCUGAUUGGUUACGGUGAGCUGGUCCUAGAGGGAACCUUUCGUCUGCAGAGAGCGAAGAAUGAGCGCACGCUCUUCCUGUUCGACAAGCUGCUGCUGGUCACCAAGAAGCGGGAGGAGGCCUACACCUACAAGGCCCAUAUCCUGUGCUGUAACCUGAUGUUGGUGGAAGUCAUCCCUAAGGAACCAAUGAGCUUCAGUGUGUUCCAUUACAAGAACCCCAAACUCCAACACACUGUCCAGGCUAAGUCCCAACAGGACAAGCGUAUGUGGAUCCUGCACCUGAAAAGACUCAUCCUUGAAAACCACCCGGCCAAAAUCCCAGCCAAGGCCAAGCAGGCCAUAUUGGAGAUGGAUGCAAUGCACCACCCAGGGUUCCACUACAGCCCUGAUGGAGACAAGAAAGGUUCUCCCCACACCAAGGAGGGCCCCACCCCUCGUCGGGCACGUAGGAAGGAACCUUUGUCCAAACUACUGAAGAACGCCAAGACCUCAGAUGGGCAGAAGAGGACCAGUCUGGGCGCCACCUUACUGUCCCCCGUGUCCCAGCUGGCUCUGGGCACCAUUGGCCGCAGCCGCAGUCUCGUCAACCAAUCGCAGGAGUCCCUGGACCCUGGGGACCAUUACGACCACAGCGACAGGGAGGAAGGGGAGGAGCCACAUCCACAGGACGCUGACGAUGAAGAUGAUAGUGGCCUGGGCAUGGGGAAAAGGCUGCAAGUGCCAGGAAAGAGCAGCAGGAAGAGGCUGAACCCUCAGGUGUCUGUGGACAGCAUGGACCAAUGGAAGAGCUUCAACAUGAGUCCCACAGACCUUAAGGCCGCUAAGGAAUCCUUGAAGGAGCACCCCCCUCUUCUCAGGACCCCCCAUGUGACUGAGGAGCCCCCAGACCCCCACCUCUCCUCCCUGCUGGUGCCGGGAGGCAACCCCCAGUCCGUGGGGAACAUCUGGGCGGACCACCGUGUGCGCCGGGCUAUGUUCCCGACACGCCAGAACAGCACCAUGCUGCCCGAUGAGGACGAGGAGGACAUCUACCAGAUGUUCGUGCCCACCGAGCCCAGCGGGCCGGCAGACCCAGAAACACCAGUGGUGGCAUCCCAGAAGUCCGAGGUCCCAUCCUCGCCCAGGCACACCCCCCGACCCUGUAGCUGGCACUUGGACCAGGUGCCCACGGUACAGAUAGACCCCCCGUCCUCUGGGGACAGGCUUCUGCGCAGGGCCAGCAGCGUGGGGGAGAAGGGCUCGGAGGUUCCCCAGAGCCCAGACGAUGACACCAGACCCCACGGCGAGAACGACCUGGAAGUGAUCCAUUCCGAAUCCUCCAGCAACGAGAUCUCAGGGUCGUCAUCGGCGGAACAGCUGACGAUCGACGACAUCGAGAACGUCUACGACAACAUCAGCUACGAUGAUCUGAAGAGCAUGGGGCUCAUCCGAAGGGACCAGGAGAGUAGGAAGUCCAUGAAACAGACAUCCAGAGACGCACAGGGCUCCCAGGGCCCAAACUCAGAGGCAAGAAGCUCCAAGGAGACUGUAGCUGUACCAGAUAGCUAUACAGACAGUAAUUGCUCGUCUGCCCCGGAGGUGUCGCCCUUGGGGACAAGCGAGCUGAAGAUCGUGGAGGAAGAGAACAUCUAUGACACCCUCUUUUUCAGAGAGCCUCUUCCGCCCGUGGAGAAGAAGAAAAAGAAAGGAGAGGAGAGUGGAGGCAGGCAGGAACCAGAGAGAGACAGUUUACUGGCCUCGGAGCCUGACCUUACUGGCUGUGAGAGCUUGGGUGGGUUUGUGUCUGAGGAGAGUCUCCAUUUUGGGGAUGACGAGGUGAUGGACUCCCACGCUGCUCUGAGGACUUCUGAACCAGACUACUCGUCCUCAUCUGCCUCAGAGACGUUCUCCCAGCGUUCUCACACAGGCGACAGGAUGUCUGAGCAGGUGGACGAGAUCUGGAACGACCUGGAGAACUACAUCAAGGUCAACGAGAAGAAAGCAGACCGCCUCCCUGCCGCUUUCCCUGUGAGUGCCGGCGUGUCCCCCGAGAAACCGUCCUCGCUCAAGAACAGCCCAAAAAAGGCAACCAGCCCCCCGUCACGCAGCUCCCCCACCAAGAGCCCCCCAGCACACCACCUCAAUCCCACCCCCCCAUCCGCCACCCCCCUUCCUCGGUCCUUCACCAUCCCCAUCCUCAACAUCCCCGAGCUUCUCCGAGAGGCCACCUUCGAGGACGAGGAUCCCUCCUCCCGUCCCCCGUCGCUCUCCCUGCCCGCCACCCCCGAGCCCCUCCCCGGCACGGUCAAGAGCAUCCGCAACAAGUUGGCCCGCCUCAGCAGCGGAAGCUUCCGUCUGGAGGAUGACGAGCUGGGGGAGCUGCCCCCCCAGAGAGAACCCCCUCAGCGGGAUCGGCAGCUCCAGCAGCCGCCCCUCAGGGAUCUCCACAGCCUGUUCCCCGGGGAGCUGGCCGGACUGAACUCCCCACUGGCCUCCUCCUCCCUGCUCCUUGGGGAGUCUGUGGAAAUGGACCUGAUGGACAAGUCCAAGAACCGGGUGUUCCUGAUGGCGCGCCAGUAUAGCCAGAAGAUCAAGAGGGCCAAUCAGCUGCUCAGGAUGAGGAGCAUGGACCCUGGUGAGGCCUGCGGCCGACCCCGCGCAGAGAAGAAGCACAAGGACCUGGCCGACAUCUUGGAGGAGAAGAAGCAGGGGGGCGCAGCCAUAGGUACCAGGCUAGCAGAGUACUCCCAGCUGUAUGACCAAGUGAUGUUUAGAGAACCUCCGACCUCCCCCACCCCCCACCACUCCCACCCAGGUCUCUCCUCCUCCCCCUCCAUGCCUGAGAGCUCCUUCCUGGGGGAGGACUGGCUCCACUCCACCUACAGCAAUGGAGAGCUGGCUAGCUUCAUAUCAGACUGGCCUAGCCAGGGCGGGGGCACACGGGCCUCCACCCCCCAGCACAGGCUCACCCCUGCCUGCUCUGUACCUGCCCUCAAGACCCUCCCUCCCCCGCCCACCUCCCCGCCCACCCAGCGAUGGAGCACCUGUGUGUCAGCACCCAGUGAGAAGGAGGAGCACAUAUACAGUUCCAUCAAGAGGAAUACUUCCUUCAACUCCCCUUCUCCUUCCUCCUCCACUACCCCCCCUAAGACUUCUCCUUACAACCGCUGCCAAUCAGUCAGCUCACUGGGAGAACAGCAGGUGCAAAAGGAAAACAACCACAACCAGAACCAGAACCGCAUAGUGUUCAACUAUAAUGAGUCUAUGGCAGAGAGGCUCAAGAUCCCCAGUCUGGGUCAGGCGGGGCGGCAACACAGCCUCCCGGAGCGGUCCAGUUGUGGUCAGUCAGAGCUGACCCUUCAGGAUGGUCAACAGGUGGUGGUCCUCAACCGGAACUCUGCACUGAGCAUGCUCCAGGCCACCCAGAACUACUUGGCCAACUUCAAGGACAACGGCGACGAUGACGACGACGAUGACUAUGUGGAGAUCCGCUCGGAGGAAGAGACGGAACGCAGCAUGACGGCGCCGAUGCCUUCGCAGAAGAACGGAGGAUCCUUGGUGGCUCUCUCGGAUCGGAGCCACAGGCCUGCUGUCCAGGGCCAGUCCCAGAGCCUUCCCUCCACGCCGGCCAGGUCCUGCCACCCCCUGAGCUCUCUGGACCGGGAGCGUCUGCAGCAGUACUUGUGGGCUGAACCCCAGAACCAGAACCAGACCACCAUUGUCCAGUCGCUGCGAGAGAAGUUCCAGUGUCUCAGCUCCAGCAGCUUUGCUUGAGUCACCGUAACAACCAAAAGAAACAAACAAAAACACACUCUACCAACUUCGUAAAAUGGCAAAUGCACUGCAUGGGCAUAUUAUAUGAGUACUGGAUCUGCUGCUUGGCCUGAAUUAUCAUGACAACAAAUGACAUACAGGUAUUAGAACCCAGGGAACAUGCACACUGCUCCUUCUCCCAUUUUAUCAAGACACAUGGAUUUGCCAGACACAGUGGGCACAUUAUACACAGACAUAUGGUUGAUAUCACACAGCACAUAUGUCUGGAUGAUCAACAUACAUUUCACUACAUUCUGCAUACUGCUGCUUUGCCAAAGUCACACAGCCAAUAAUUUUCCUGGUCUUCCAUUGUAAUCAUGGUAACAUAGGACUAGGAAUGACGGGGAAGCUAGUUGUCCACCAUUGCACCUCACACCUGGAAGUGCCGUUCCAUGUCAAUAAGUUUUUGUCCAUUUUAAUAACACCUGCAGAAGUGGUGGGAUCCACAGAUACAGUUCUGUAUAUGAGGUGGAUGGAAGGGUUCAAAGGGAUAUCAAGUAAUCAGGCUUUCUCAUAGAUACCAUGCAGGCAAAUGUCGAUUUUUUUCAGUGAUGUUGAGUAAAGGAUACAUAACUAGCAGAUUUCUAUACACGACAGACAGCUUGGAAGUGUACAGAGUACAGUUCUGCCCAUUGAGAGGGUAUGGUGUGAUCCAGUUCGUCCUUUUAGCCAUCAAUAAAUAGAUAGAAGCACCUGCAACGAGAAAAUGACUCUUGAUAUUGGGGGUUAUGUUGCUACAAUUAUUCACAGGCAUAUUUUUAGAAUGUAUGUUUUUAGAAUACAACCUGGACUCUCUUGUGGAAAAAGAGAGUCAAUUUUGAUGGUUCUUUUAGCAUAUUUGGACUUUUGUGGCUGAGCUUACCCCCAUGUCAGAAAGAUGAUGCUCAUAGUUUCAGCUGCAAUAUUUGAACUGUGCAUAUUUUAGGUCUAUUGGUGACGGAAUGAGCAGCUUAAGAGGUUAGCCAGUAGCCCUUCUGCAUAAUAGGCUAGUAUCAGCUAUGCUAACUUUAUCAGCAGUUAUAUCAAUAAAAGAGGAUGACUUUGUUUCUUUCUGAACUGCAGAAUUCAUUAGGUUCAAUAUACUGUACAUCUGGAAAUCAGACAUGCACUGUACAAUAAAUAAGGCUAAAUGUUUUUUUUCUGUAAUUUCUCUACCUACUCUACCACCUUAGUCAUCAGUAGGUAAUGUGCUUUAAACAAAGUCCUCUAAAAUGGAUAAACAGUAGAUUGAUAUUUCAGAUGUUCACUAAGAAGCAAUAGGAGUUCUCCAUUCUUUUUCAAUCUGAUUGCGAGUCAAAAAAUGUGGAUAGGGUUGGUCCACAAUUAUUAGAUUGCAUUACAUAUAUGCAAUAUCUUAAGAGGCAGAACAUGUAUAAUUUUAUCUAAUUUCAGCUUUGUUUUAAACAGGGACCAUAAAGAAAAACAUUAGGGUGAGAGCUUUUUUUUUAAUUUCACAGUACUGUAUUUGGUGUAUAUUUUUCUUCAAACUCACAAUCUGUCGGGUCAGAUUUUCUUUACUCGUUUACAUGGGGCACUCAUGUAGCAUCACUCACUACUACUGAUACCCCAUACACUUCCUUCUAUGUCUGAAAGAGCAGUUAGUACACACAGUAAUACACACACACACACACAGACACUGCAUCUGUUUGUAGUUUUCUGUCCCCUGUGUUUUUGUUGAAUGCUUAUGGCAUUUCUUGUCUUAUUUAUUUAUUUCUGAAUAAACCUGUUACUUAACCCUCCCUCAUCACUGUUAUAUGAAAGGCCACCGCCAGUUUGUAAAUUAACGUAAAAUGUAUUUAUUUUGAAAGUUCGAUUUUGGGACACUAAAUUUGGUUUGUAUGUUGACUGUGAAUUUACCAGAAAAUGUUUGCAUCUUAUCACGUGCACUGUUUAAUCAGGUUAUCUGAGGAAAGAAUAAUUAAUUCAUGAAAAGUUGGAAUGCACAAUAUCAUGGCCUUCUAUUCAUAUCAAGGUAGAAAAAGCACCCAAAACAACUUAAGAAUAUGAAGUAUGUUUCAUUUGUUUAUAUACCUUUUCCUUGUACGUUUUAUGUUCUUUGUUUCACUGGUGGGGAUUGUCAACCUUCAUUGAAUUUGACUCUUGCACUUUUUUAUUUUUUAUUUUACAUUUGACUUGUAAACACUUUGUAAAGAUGUACAUUUUAGGAAAGUUAUUCUUGUACGCAAUAGGUUUGCUUAUAAUGCUUUUAUUUUUAAGUUAAGUGUACUGUUAUUUUUUUAACUGCCUAGUUGUCAUUGCUCAAGAAAACAAAUGUAUUGGAGACAAUAAAUAAACACAAUUUAAAAUAAAA